UCUUUUCUGCUCUAGGGUCUGUACCCUCUCAUUUAUUAUUACCCUUUGUCUUUUUUGGCUUCCAAUUCCUUCCCCAUCCACUAAAAUGCUCUUUGCCUCCACCUCUCUCUCUUCUCUCUGUCUCUGUCUCUCUCUCUCUCGCUUUGCUUUUUUGGUGUGUGAUUGAUGAAUUGGCAUGACUAUUUGCCUUCCUCUACGCUACUGCCCAAUUAGGGUUUCAUCAUAAAAAUUUGCUCUCUCAGCAUUAGAAUCUGUCUGCAACAAAUUUCAUCCUCUCCCCCAUCGUUUUCUAAGGUCACUUUUUUAUCUUGGAACAAGGAAAAAUCUCCUGAGAGAGAUCCUACAAGGCAAAAGAGACAUGUCAUCAUCCAGCUCUUACAACUCCCCCUGUGCUGCCUGCAAAUUCCUGAGGAGGAAGUGCAUGCCGGGUUGCAUAUUUGCGCCUUACUUCCCACCGGAGGAGCCUCAGAAGUUCGCCAACGUCCACAAGAUCUUUGGUGCGAGCAAUGUGACCAAGCUGCUAAACGAGCUCCUCCCACACCAGAGAGAGGACGCCGUGAACUCGCUAGCUUAUGAGGCCGAGGCGAGGGUCCGCGACCCAGUCUACGGCUGCGUUGGUGCCAUCUCCUUCCUCCAGAGGCAGGUCCAAAGGCUCCAGAAGGAGCUUGACACGGCCAAUGCCGAUCUCAUCCGAUACGCCUGCAACGGGAUUCCAUCCUCAGCAGCCAUUCCUGGGAGCAAUAAUCCAGUGCAACCUGUUACGCUACGCCAAAGGGCAGCUCCGCUCGAGUUUGGUGGUGUCGGGAGGCCAAUAGGCAAUGAAGGAGGAGGGGCAUUUUAUCAAGCUCCUCUUCCUCCUUAUCCAUUUCCUUAUCCUCCUCUUCCAUGGAAUGAUAGCUUUGGAGGGGACUUCAAUGGAGGAGGAGGUAAUAUGUGAGAACUCAAUAGGAUCAGCCCUAAUGAGGAAGGUGAUAUCCAUCAACCAUGUGCAUACCUACUUGGUUAUGGAUUUUAUAAAUUGAGGUUUCUGUUCAAUUUUUAUUAUAUAUAUGUGGAGUCUUGUAGUAGCUAUAGCUUCUAGACCAUUUUAACAUACUGCUCAUUAUACAAGCAAUAAGUUUUAUGGGGGUAACUCGUAUUAAUGUGUCAAUCCCUGUUAAACCUAGCUACAGAAACUAGCUCAAGAGAGAGUAUUGUUGAGUAGCUAUAUAUGUUUUAAUUGCUUAUAUUAUAAUUGCUAGCUGUUCCAAAGCAUGUGCCUGCGGAAUUGCAGUUUUCUA